GAUCCGGCACUUCUUGAUUCGCAGGGGUUCAACACCCUUCACCUUGCAACGCAUUCAUCUCAUAUCAUGCUUCUGAUAUACCUCUUGCAUACCUGCCCAACCCUACAUAUCGAUUCGAUUGAUCCGCAAGGGCAUACCGCGUUGAUGUGGGCUGCAUACCAAGGCGAUGAAUUGUCCGUCUCCCUCCUCGUUCGAUGGGGCGCAGACGUCCGAUUACAAGACAAGUCGGGACUUACGGCUUUGCACUGGGCCGUUGUUAAAGGAAACCAGCGCUGCAUGAAGUUGAUAUUGGAUGCUGGCGUGGACGUAAACGCACGACAACAAGACGGCAAAACGGCCGCCAAGAUGGCAAUCGAGAUGCGCUGCCAAGAAUACUACGAAGACGCACUCAAAGAAGCCGGACGACGACCAGAUGGUACCAUCAAACAUAAACCAUUCGGCGAAAAGGUCACCAAUAGGAUCGUCAUGGCCAUCCCAUUCCCAACGAUUUACUUGACACUCCAUUCCUUCGCGAUUUACCCAAUUUAUAUCGCAAUAUGGCUCUUUGUAGCCUUCUUCGUUGCCGGCCACCAAUUCAUCAUGCGAUUCCUGCUCCGUGCGGACCCGACGAAGGAAGGAUACCACCGCACCCCAUACCUCGCCGGAAUCUUCUCCGGGACUGCCCUACUGGUCAUCAUAUCUUGGCUCACGACCGUCGCGCCUGCAACUUUCGCGACGAACCCCUACCUUAACUUUGCAUUUCUCCUCACGACGCUGAUCUCCAUCUCGACCUUCCUCCGCGCCCUCCUCUCCGAUCCCGGAUUCAUCCCACGUCCCACGUCCAAAUCCACCCAACGCGCCGUCAUCGAGGAAUUAGUCGAACUCGAGUCUUUCGACGGCCGCGCUUUUUGCGGUGUCUGUUUCGUCCGGAGACCGCUACGGAGCAAACACUGCAAACUAUGCAACCGGUGCGUGGCACGACAUGAUCACCAUUGUCCGUGGGUCGCGAACUGCGUCGGGGUCAAGACACAUCGCGCGUUUUUGAUGUAUAUCAUCACCCUUGAGCUCAGUAUUCUCCUCUUCAUCGGACUCGUCUUUGCAUACAUCCGCGAUCUAAUCCCAUACACCUCCGAACCAUGUCUGUUCCUCCCCGAGGCACUAUGUGCACCGCUCCAGCGCGACCCAUACACCACGCUGCUGGGGGUGAUGAGCUGUUUCCAUUUGGUGUGGUUGAGUAUGCUGUGUUUCGUGCAGCUGAUGCAGGUCGCGAGGGCGAUUACGACGGUCGAGAGUUUCAAUUUGCAUAAGUAUGGGUUCAUGGGC